AUGUGGCCCCCACAUCUUCCCCGUCCCAGCGCUGGCAUGUCCGAACAAACCAGACGAGAAAAGGUAGCAGCAGGAAAGAAACUACUGCAGAAAUACCAGCAGAGGAAGGGUCCGGCCGGACCUGGAGAAUCCAAGAAAAGGAAGAAGACCAAAAAGGGAGGGAACCCCAAGACGAACACCACUGGGGACGGUCAUCCAACCGAGGGUCCGACCAGAGACAUCGCUGACCACCAGCCUCCCUGGCCUUUGGGCACGGGCGGAGCAGCCCUGGGUAAGAGUGGCACCGGCCCCAGUCACACCGGGGACAUGGACGGAGGUGACCAACACCCGGAGCUGGCCCUGGACUCCGCCAAAUUCCUGCGGCUCUGCAGUGAGAUCCAACAACUAAAGCAGGAGAAGGAAGCCCUCCAGGAUCGGCAGGGGAAGGAGCUGGAGACGCUGGCCUGUGCCCACGAGGCCCUGCGAGCAGAGCUGCAGCAGCACCAGCUGUCGGCACAGAGGUGGGUGGAGGAAAAGUUAGAUCUGCAGGCCGCCCUGGCCCACCUGCAGCAGGGGGCCCAGGAAACGGCGCUGGAGCAGGAGGGGCUCACCAGCCGCCUGCAGGCCGCGCAGCAGCGCGUGGAAGAGCUGGAGACGAAGCUGUCUGCUGUCUCCACCACGCAGAGUGAGACGGAGCUCAACAACCUGGAGCUCACGAAAGCGCUGAACCGCGUGACGCUGCAGCUCCAGCAGAAGAGCAGAAGCAGUGAAGACCUGGAGGACGAGAACACCGAGCUGCGGGACAGGCUGGACGCGCUCCUGGCGCAGAAGGCCAACAUGAAGAUCCAAAUCAACAAGUGCCAGCGGGCGCUGGUGGAGCGCGCAGAGUUGGAAAGACAACUCAAGAGCAUGAGAGAGCUGGCCACCACCUUCAAGCUGGAGAGAGACUCUCUGGAGGAGGACCUGAGGGUGGAGAGCUCUAUGGGGAAGGAGAAGGCCCAGCAGCUCUUGGAGGAGGUGGGCAGGCUGAGAGAGGAGAAAGAGCAAGGGGCCAGGCAGGUGUUGGCGCUGGAGGGCGAGCUGGUGGAGCUGAGAGUGCAGCUGGCAGAGCUGCAGCGCCCUGCGGGGCCAUCUCAGGCUGAGCAGCAGCUGCAGGCUCAGGCCCUGCAGUUGCAGAAGGAGCUCGAGACCUUGGAGGAGCAACUUCACCUCCAGGUGGAGGAGAACCAGAGCCUUCGUGUUCAGAGCCUGGAGCAGCAGCAGCGGCUAUGGCUAUUGGAGAAGAAAGCAGAAGAAUGGGAUCAGCAUGCCGAGGACCGGCGCAAGAUCCUGGAGACCAUGGAGAAGGAGCAGGAGACCAAGAGACGCACGCUGGAGUGCAACCGCGAGCUGAAGGAGCAGCUGGCCCAGCUGCAGGACGCCUGGCAGAGGCUGAGCACUGAGAGGGAGUCGCUCGCCGGACUCCUGCACGCCGAGCAGCAGGAGAAGAAACAUCUGCAGGAGAAGCUGGAGCAGCAGGAGGAGACGUUCAAAGAAUGGAAGGAGAUGGCUGAGUUCAAGCGCCAAGAGGCCCAGGAGCUGCAGGACCGGUCCCUGGCCCAGCUGCAGGAGCUCAGAGCCACCCGUGAGCAGCACCUGGCCGCCCAUCAGCAGCUGAGCAUGGAGAAGGAGGCCCUGCAGCAGCACCUGUGGAGGCAGACCCAGCGGCUGGAGCAGCUGCAGCAGAGGCAGGUGCAGGGCACAUUGGAGGACCGGACGGUGCCUCCAAAGUUCCAGGACACACUGACGUGCCUGGAAGCCACGAGGCAGGAGAAUGCGCAGCUGCGGGCCCAGCUGAGUCUCCUGGCUCUCCCUAGAGAAGGCGAAGGAGUGAGCAGAGGGGACAAGGGGGAGGAGGCGGCUCCCCCUGCUGUGACCGUCCCAGAGGACGUGGACAACCCACAUAUCAUGUGGGAUUUUUACUGUGCAGCACUGUCCAUCGCUGAAUCUAAGAAGGCGCAGCUCAGCCGUGAGCUGCAGGAGCAGCAGGCCCGCUGCGAGGGCCUGGCCCACCUGGCAGCCCAGUGCCAGACAGAGCUGGCGCGCCAGGCCCUCUACCCCAAGAGCUGGCACCACGGCGCACCUGGGGAGGGAGAGCAGGACAGCCAGGGGCCCAGGAAGCGGCUGAAGAUCUGCUUCACCUACGACCUAUCUGGCCAGGUGGACCAGCAGAGUCCAGCGGACGACCUCUCCCGUCGCUGCAGCCUGCUGUCAGAACGCAUCGGUGCCAUGGAGGAGGAGAUGGCAUCCUGUGAACAGCAGAUGGCCGUCCUGGAUGAGCUGCAGCGCGAGAAGGAAGAGCGCAUCCGCCGGCUGAUGCAGGAGAAGAGGGAGAAGAAGAAGGAGCUGCAGGAGCUGCUGCUGCGCCUGGCAGGGCAGGGCACAGAGGCCGGGGACACGAGGCCGGCCGCCGCCCUCACCCCUGCUGCGGAGACACCUGCAGACCCGCCGGGCCCCGAGGAGAGGGUUGCGGAGGAGCAGCUAGGCUUUGAGGAGGAGCAGCCUGAAGACAACAUGGAGGCUGAGCAAGGAGAAGCGGGGGCGUGUGGCCCCUCUGUGGUGGACAACCCCACCCUAGAGCAGAGGGUGCCACCGCCGCCCGACCUGCAGCAGCCCCCAGAGCCUGCAGCCCCGGGCAGCAAGCGCCCCCUCCCCUUCUUCUAUAGACUCACUCAAAUGAUGAGUUUGACAUAG